UAAUUGUGAAAAAUUCAAAUGCAUUUUAAAAACUGAAAUAUAUACAAUAUACUGUAUGUACUUAUUUUGGUGAUUCAAUUAUUGACUGCUAAUGAAGUGACUAAACGUGCAUUACAUACAUUGAAGCCACGCAGAGCAGAACCACAACCAUACUUAUUUGCAGAUAAAAUAGUGGGCUUGUGUUUUAUUUGCAUAGCAUUAAAUUAUAAAUACAACAACAAUUCUGUGGAAAUUUGGCAGCAAAUUUUUGUGAAACUGAAAAGUGCAAUGAACCACAAGCGUGUUAAUUGAAUAGAACACACCAUUAAAAAAUUAAAAGUCAUCAAGGAGCUAAACAUUUAUAUCUCAUUAAUACUGUAUUAUAAAAAAAUUAGGAAAAAAAUUAAACUAACAUUUUGCAAAUCCAGAAGAGAUUUUCCUGCAAAAGAACAUGUGCAAAUAUAUGAGUAUUUAUGUAAUUUAAAUUAAAAUUGAAUAAAUAAAAUUGUCUGUGACAAAACAUUACAGACACAUAUACACAAAAAGGCCAAAGCUAAAAGCAAGACAAAUCAGCAAUCUGCCACAGUUGCAGCAACAGCAAAACAAAAAAAUAAUUAAGUGGAAAUAAAUUGUGGUUUGCCUUGCAACAGACAAGAGAAGCAGAAGCACCAGCGGCGACGGCGACGGUGACGGCAGAAAACUAACAACAAAUUGCAAUUGCAGUGAUCUAUCAAAACAACAAACACAUAAAAAGCCAAACGUUACAACAAACACGCAGGCAAGAACACACACGCGGCAGCCAAGUGGUUGAACAAGUUUUUCUGCGCUCUUAAAUAGAUGUGUAACACUCUUGAGUUAAAUGUACACGUAAAAGGUGCACAAUACAAAGCCAAAAAUAACAACAACAAAACAAUAAAAAAUAGAAAUCUCGAAGUAUAAGAAAUGAUAAGUAAUUUGCAAGAAAAAAACUAAACAGUGAGUCUAGAAAAAACUGGCAUAUCGUUUUUGAAAGACACUUAAGUUGCCCUUAGCAAACACAUUCACACGUAUAAACAAUAGCAGUGGCGAAAAUUUUCUCAAAACUUACAACAAGUCCACUCAAAAGGGUGAAGUCUGUGACUUGGUGGCAAAUUACCACACGCUACGUUACUCAACUCCAGUUUCACCACACUUAACGCGACGCCAGUCACCACACAGCGCACAAGCGUAGCACAGCGGUAGAGCAGAAAUUUUGUGCGAGAAAUUCAAUUAAAACCCAAAGCGAGUAAGAAGUGGACACAACAACAAAGCUAUAAACAAACAUCAAGCGAGCGAGAAACUCUUACGAAGGUGAAGCAACAACACUUGUGGUUGUUAUUGUAUAUUAAUCUACACGGAAUUAAAGGAAACUCGCGCAACAAAAGUAACAGCAACAAGUAAAAGUAAAAUGACCUUGCCGACAACAACAACAGUGAACGGUUGUGACGACGAUUCCGAUAUGUUCGGUCCGCCACGUUCCUCGCCCAUCGGCUAUCAUCAUCAUCGCUCGCGUGUGCCCAUGAUAUCGCCAAAGCUGCGUCAACGCGAGGAACGCAAACGCAUAUUGCAAUUGUGUGCGCACAAGUUGGAGCGCAUCAAGGAUUCGGAGACGAAUCUCCGCCGUAGCGUGUGCAUCAAUAAUACGUAUUGUCGUCUAACCGACGAGCUGCGGCGGGAGAAGCAGUCACGCUACCUGGCGAAUUUGCCGAGAUCUGAUAUCAAACCGGAGAGUGCACGCGAUAAUAUUUUUAAUCCAUACAAUAGCUGCGGCAUUGACAACUCCAAUCAUCAGCCAUCGAACAAAUCUGUCUGCAAUGAAGUCACCAACUCUGCAUCCAACAACAAUUCUCUCAACCAUCUACGUAGUCACGGCAGCACGGAGUGCAGCAACGGCUGUGAACAGGACUUCAACGGCGAUGAAAAUAAUCUCAACUGCAACAACAGCAACAAACUACACUCGUCCACCAACGCCGAUAUUGCCAACUCAUCGUCUCUGAGCGUCGACGUCAACAGCAGAAACAUCUCCACCAACUCCACCGCCAUCACCUCACAUGCGACUGCCAACCAUACUACCGCCAACAAUGCCUCUUCCACCGCUUGUACGCACAGUACCACCUUCAACAGCACCGCCAACACCGCCACUGCUCAUUCGCCAACUCUUUGCACCUCUGCCGGCCACAGUACACACACACGAAAACGUCAACUCUGUAGCAGCAAUCUCGACAAUGACCUAGAAAUACUCGACCGUGAACUGAACGCAAUCAAUGCACCAAUGCCACUCAUUGACCCAGAGAUCACACAAGGUGCUGAACAGCUCGAGAAAGCUAUCUCGUCCCGGAAGCGUUUGCGCAGCGAGGAUGAAAGCGAUCGUUUAGUGCGCGAAGCACUUUCCCAAUUCUACAUACCGCAGCAACGUCUCAUUUCCGCCAUCGAAGAUUGCCCACUGGACGUGGUCAGCGUUGGAGGCGGCAUGGGCGUCGGUGUAGGCUUGGGACUAGGCAUGGGUGUCGGCGUAAGCAUGGGUAUGGGACCAAUGUCCCCGAGUAAACGUCAAAAGCUCGGUAAUGGCGCUAACGAGCUCGAGCUCGAAUUCGAUCUGAAUCAGAAUCAAAAGGAUUUUGAGGUAAUUAUGGACGCACUGCGUUUGGGCACGCCUAGUCCAACACCAAGUGUGGGCAGUGACUCAUGUGGCCAGGCAGCGAUGAUGAGUGAAUCGGCCAGUGUGUUCCAUAAUCUGGUGGUGACCUCAUUGGAGACAUGAAGGUAUCAGUAAAAGGCAGAAAACUUGCGAGUUGCGCAGGAAUAGGGGACAAGAGAGAGAUUUGAGAUUAGGCGUUGAGCGUUGAGCGUAGCGUACAAAAACUAAACAGGUGUUAAAAAUCGGACGCCGGACGCUAACAGCCUAUUCACACUGUGAAUUUAUGCGGGUUGAAUGCAAUUUAUAUAAAUAAAAAGCAUUUUUUUCCAACGCAUUGUUAUGUAAAUUUAAUAUUUAUGUUAGUUAAAGAACAUUCUGAAAUUUAAAAUGACGUUAAAGUGGAGGUGGAAACGUACGUACAUAAUUUAUAAUACAAAAAAUUUGGUCAAACACAAAAUAAGUGUGAACACGCCACAAUUUUGUUGUAACUAAAAUAGGCAAAGUGAAAAGCACAUAAUUUUAAGAUUUAGCUUAACGCAUUUUUUACAAAUAUAAUUAAUAUUUAUGCAAGCAAAAGGCAUAACAAAAAGCAUAUACAAGUGCAUAUAAACAUAUAAUUAUACAACAUUAUAUAUGUACAUAUGUACGUACAUAAGUUAGGUAUUAAAAAAAACUAAAUCAAAGAAAAUGUAGUCAAACAGCUGACAGCAUUCAUACAUACUCAUAUAUGUAUGUAUGAUUGUAGCGUAAACGAGUCAUGUGACAGUAACAUACUUAUGUAGAGAUCACGAACGUAAAGUGACUUAAGCAGCUAGUGAAGAGCAGAAAGUGUCUGCAUUUAACAACACUUUUUCCAAAUUGCGCUUUUUAAUUUAAAAACACAAUCACAACAGCUUAACUGAAUUGAGAUUAUGCUUUAAUUGUCAUAAUUGCUCAGCUCACAAGUUAAUAUAUGUUCGAGUAGACCUAAAAAUUUUGCCAAAAUACUUUCAAAGCUUAUAUAACCGUUAAGAAGAUUUCUGCAAAAUGCAAAGAGAUGUCAGUUUCCUAGUCGAAAUGCAAAAAAAAUUAAUUCUUUUAUAAAAACACGGUUUCACACGGCACACUGACUAUGACAAGGCAAAUCAACGUCGGUUUGUAAAUGGAAAGACGAAAAAUAAAAACAUUUACAACAGCAACUUUAAAAAGCAGAAGUGAUCUUUCGCCGUCAUUUGCCUCACGACCAAUGUUAUGGAAUAACCGUUUAUCGUUUUUCGAUAUAUGCACCUGCUUUAUCAAAAAGUUUCCUUACGAAAGCAAAAUUUAAAAAACGUAUUAUAAACUAAAAAAAUAUUGCUAAAUUUUCCUAAAGUACACAUAAAUAUGUACUCUUAUGUAAAUUAUUACAUAACCUAGUUUUCGAGAGCACUGUAUUUUUUGUUAAUUUUUUUACAACUAUUAUUAUUAUUUUUUAUUUUUGUUAUUUUCAUAAACUUACUAUAUGCCAUUAUUAUGCUUAUCUUUUAAUUCUAUUUGUUUACCUUACUGUAAUAUGUUCUUGGACUGGCAGCAAAUUUACAACGCUUUAGCAAAUUUCAAAAUAAAAUCGCCGUCACUUCCUUCAACCAACUCGUUUCAGAACCCCAACUUACACAUCUACAUAUCUUCGAAACAUGCAAAGAAGUUUGAUGGCAAAGCAAAAGAAAUCAAUACAUUUUAAUUUCAAAAGUGCAAUUAAAAUUUUUUUAUAAAACAAAUUUUAGAAAUACAAAUAAAUGCAAAUUAUACACAAAAACACCGUUAAGCCUAGACUUGCAAAUAGAAACAAAUAAAAAAUGUAAGCAAUUGUGAGCUUUUACAAAUUUUGUGUUAACAUUGUUAAUAGAGAAAUGGCAUGCAUCGUUGUAAUGUUUUGAAGAGAAAAGAAACAGAUUUAUAAUAAAAAUUCCAGGAAAACGGUU